UGAAGAGCAGAGAAUUCGUAUAUGCACUCUGUUAGAUGAAGCAGUUUACACACAACCCGAACUUACUGCACAAUAUAAAGUUAAUAAAAGUACAAUACUUCGGCUUUAUAAUAAAUAUAAAGAAACAAAAAGUACUAAAGACUUACCAAAGUCAGGUCGUUCUCAUAUUUUAACAAAUCGGGAAGAAUGCAGAGCAGUUCGUUAUAUUGUUA